AUGAUAAGCUACCCUGAAGAUCAGAAGCGUGGAAGAUAUCUUGCGUAUUGGCUUGCCUACCGUAAUGGCGGUUCAAUCGUCGGUGGUGCCAUCAACCUCGCUUUCAAUUCCACUGGGAAAACAACGGGAAAGUUAGAUUGGAGAACAUAUGUUGUUUUCGUGGCCUUGCAAUGCCUUGGCCCCUUCGUUGCCAUGCUGCUUUCACCCCCUGAGAAGGUCCAGCGUCAAGAUGGCAGAAAAGUCUCCAAGGCCGAGCAAAUUCCGACGACUGCUGAGCUGAAGGCCGUUGCUAAGAUUUUGGUCCGGAAAGACUUUCUUCUUGUCUUCCCUUUCUUCUUUUACGCCACAUUUCUACUAUCAUACGCAGGAUCGUAUCUCUCGCUCUACUUCUCAGUCAGAUCAAGAGCUCUUGCUUCCUUGAUCUCAGCAUUGGCACAGAUCACGGCCAACUUCUUCUUCGGGCACUUUCUUGACUGGAACAGAUUCACUAUCAACCAGAGAGCCAGAUUUGCUUACUUCGGUAUGAUGGCCCUGUUUGGUGGCACCUGGAUUUGGGCGACUGUGAUUCAGCGUGAGUAUGGUCAACGUGCCCCCGCGUUGGACUGGGCUGAUCAUGGCUUCGGCCGAGGCUGGGGUCUUUACAUUCUGCUUCAAGUGAACUUUGCUCUCGCAUACAACUACGGCUAUUGGCUAGCUGGAUACAUGGCCCGAGGUCCUGCUGAGGUUAUCCGUUUCACUUCAACUGUUCGCGCUGUUGAGGCAGCAGGGGGUGCCGUGGCAUCUGGCAUCAGCUCCACGCACGCGCCUUUGCUCGCCGCUGUUGGAGUCAAUUUUGGGCUGUGGGGGUUGGCACUUAUCCCUACCUACAUAGUCGUCAGGUCUCUCAACAUCAAAUAUGAGACAUCGCGUGAUGAAGAUGAGGGUAGCAAAAGUAUAGGGGAACCCUAA